AUGGCUAGCUGGAGCCAAAAUGCCGUUUCGGCAAUCACGAUUGACUCGGACUCUAAUGCGGACGCGCCCGGGGAGGAGGAGCUCAUGAAUGAUGAAAUUGACUCUCAACCUGAAUUGUCCGAGGGGAAUGACGAAGAUGAGGAAGAUGAAAGCGACGAAAACGACGAGGAUGAUGAUAGCAGCGAUGACGACGAUGAGGAGGAGGAGGAGGAGGAGGAAUCCAGCUCUGAUGGAGAUAGCUCUGAUGACGACAACCCCGAGCUAAAGCGCUGGAAAGCAGACUUGGCAACUCGUCUUGACAGCAUCCAAACGGCCGGAGACUUUGCCGCCUGCAAUAAUGUGAGCGUCUUCGCCAAUCCCGGACUCGAAAUCAAUGGCACUUCAAUUCCGCUGCCUCUCGUGCCGCGGGAUGCCGAUCUGCUCAAAGCUGCCUGCCGGCAGGCUCCUUUUGGUCGGGGUGAAGAGACUGUCGUGGACGAAUCCGUGCGCAAAACCUGGGAGCUGGACCACACCCAGUUCAAACUUGCCAACCCAGCUUGGUCGGAGUUCCUUCAGCAUAUUGCUCGCGAAGCUACCGCUAAACUUGGAAUGCUUAGCGUCCGUGUUGAGCCCUACAAGCUGCUGCUCUACGAGGAGGGCUCCUUUUUCAGGCGCCACAAAGAUUCUGAGAAGGUAGCCGGCAUGAUAGGAACGCUUGUCAUCUGCCUGCCCUCCCGUCAUGAAGGGGGCGAUGUCGUCCUGUCGCUCGGCGGGAGAACACAGAGGUUCUCGACGAGUACUGCAUCAGCUUACGACCUGACUGCGCUUGCUUGGUACUCGGAUGUAACUCAUGAGAUUACCAAGUUGACUUCUGGUUAUCGGCUUGUGCUGACGUAUAAUAUCGUCCAGCAAGGCUUGCAGAAUCCUUCGCCCUCUGAUCUGAUCAAACAGCAAACUGCAAUCGAAAAUUUGCUGCAAGGUUCCGCCAAGCGUUUCAAGGGAAUGAAGCAAAUGUUCUAUCCACUUGAACACAAGUACACUCGAGCAAGUCUUUCACUGAGAAACAUGAAAGGACGCGACCGUGCUGUGUGCCAGACUCUUGAUCUUGUCUGUCGGAAACAUGGCUUCUACUUGCUGCUGGCCAAUCUCACCAAGACGGAAUCCUGUGAUGAUUACGACGAGGAGGAAACAAGCUUGGAUCUCGAUUCUGUUCAUUCACUAGACGGCCAGGAGCUCUCCAGCUAUCUAGAAAUCGAGGCCAAAGAUAUUAUCGGUGACAACCUAUACAGCCAACGAGGACCAGAUAGCGAGGACGAGGGAGAAUUUACCGGAAACGAAAGCAUGCCGUCCACGUAUCGGUAUCACGACACGGCUGCGAUGGUCAUACCAAAGAAGCAUUUCCACCGACUCCUAUGA